UAUUAGAUUACGUCAAGGUGUGAAUACAACCCAUUCACAGUAUAAAUAUCACAAGUGCAAAGAGUAAUCAUUCACAAGUCACAACAACCCCAGACAUUCACAAAGAUGGCAAAGAAUUCUCAUACCUUGUCACUUUUUCUUUUCCUCACUCUUGUUAGAACCUCCUAUGCUGGUGGCAUAGCCAUCUACUGGGGCCAAAAUGGUGAAGAAGGCUCACUGUAUGAAACAUGUGCCACUGGGAGAUACACCCACAUAAACAUUGCCUUCCUCUCCAGAUUCGGCAAAGGUCGAACCCCUACGUUGAACUUAGCAGGUCACUGCAACCCUUCAACUAAUUCAUGCACCAAAUUAAGUCACAGCAUCAAGUAUUGCCAGAGCAGAGGUAUCACAAUGUUUCUUUCUAUCGGCGGUGGACUCGGAAGAUACUCUUUGUCUUCAAUUGAGGAUGCUAGAAGCUUCUCAAGAUAUUUAUGGAACACUUUCUUGGGUGGCACGUCAUAUUCAAGACCAUUUGGUGAUGCUGUGUUAGAUGGCAUAGAUUUUGACAUUGAAAUUGGUUCCACAAAAAAUUGGCAACACCUUGCACGAUUUCUCAAGGAUUAUAACGGGGUUUAUCUAAGUGCUGCUCCUCAAUGUCCAUUUCCUGAUAGAUUCUUAGGAAGAGCCCUUGAAACAGGACUUUUUGACUUUGUUUGGGUUCAGUUCUAUAAUAAUCAAGCAUGUGAUUAUAAUAAACAUAGAAUGAAUAACCUUGUGAGUUCAUGGAAACAUUGGACAACUACUAUUCCAGCUUGGAAGAUAUUUUUGGGGUUGCCGGCGGCUAAGGACGCAGCUGGAAGCGGUUUUAUUCCGGCCAAUGUGUUGACGUCUCAAAUCCUACCUCUGAUUCAGGAUACAUCAAAGUAUGGAGGUGUAAUGCUUUGGUCAAGAUACUUUGAUGAGUGGACUGGUUAUAGCAGUUCCAUUAUCGCUAGCGUGUGAAGGUACGUAGUUGCUAUUUGUCAAUAAAUUUGUGUCUUGUUCGUUCUAUUUUUAAAUUAAUAGAAAAUAAAGAAAAACUAUGUUAUUGUAAUUUGGUUAUUGUACUUUAAUACUAUUAAUUGUUAUUUAUUUGUGUG